CCGAGUCUGGUUCCCUGCCUCUGCCCUCUGCUUCACCCUGGGUGGCUCCUUUUCCUUUCCUUUCUCUUCUUUGGUCAGUAAAGCUUCAGGUUUGGCUUUAAAGGCACGGGCAGGUCAGCUACACAAGGCAGUGUUUAUUUUAGGCUCCUCUUAGGUUGGAAGAUGUUAUUUAAGAAAACUUGAGGAACGUGCACGAAUCAACAACUUAAAGCUAAAACAAAUCAUCCCUUCUCUGAUUCCAGUUAUGAUGAUGACUUUGUGAAGCAUGUGACCUUCUGUUUGCUUUUGCCAGGGACAAGGAGGCCUUCAUGGGGAUGGAGAGGGAAUAAAAAAAAUUUCCAUUUGGAAGAGGUUGGCAGGGUCUUUUUCCCGCAACUUCUAAGAAUGAAGGAUCCCAAAGGAAAAGUUUCUGUUUUAGUUUUUGGCAAUUCCUGAAUCCUUCUCUUGUUUAGCUAGAAAUCUGAACUCCUUAUUGGGCUCUCCUCCCCUUCCUGCGCCCCCACUGUCUGCUGCCUGCCCCCUACAUGCCAGCUUGCAAAGGCUGGGGCCAGCCUCUGGUGAGCGGGUUUCCGCCCUGGCUUCAAAGGGUGUGUGGAAACCCAGCCUGGGGAGGUGGUUGUCUGUAGGGCUCCAGUCGCCCCCUGGUGGUCACUGGGCACCAAUCUCCUAUUUUGUUUCCAAGCCUCAACAGUGGAGGCAGCUUUGGAAAUAGUUGUAGGAAAUUGGACAGUGGUCUGAUUUUUUUAUCCGUCUCUCCAGAGACUCCAAAAUUUAUAAGAUUUUUGACUAAACAAGAAAUCUAGAUGAGGAGUGGGGGCUCACACCUGUAAUCCCAGCACUUUGGGAGGCCAAGGUGGGAAGAUCAUUUGAGCCUAGGAGUUCAAGACCAGCCUGGGCACCAUAGUGAGACCCUGUCUCUACAAAAAAAUUUAAAAAUUAGCUAGGUUUGGUGGCAUGCACCUGUGGUCCCAGUUAUUCUGGAGGCUGAGGCAGGGGGAUUGCCUGAGCCUGGGAGGUUGAGGCUGCAUUGAGCCAGGAUUGUGCAACUACAUUCCAGCCUGGGCAACAAAGCAAGACCUGUCUUUAAAAAGAAGCAAUGAGCCGGGCGCGGUGGCUCACGCCUAUAAUCCCAGCACUUUGGGAGGCCGAGGCGGGUGGAUCACGAGGUCAAGAGAUCGAGACCAUCCUGGGCAACAUGGUGAAACCCCAUCUCUACUAAAAAUACAAAAAUUAGCUGGGCAUGGUGGUGCGUGCCUGUAGUCCCAGCUACUCGGGAGGCUGAGGCAGGAGAAUUGCUUGAACCCAGAAGGCGGAGGUUGCAGUGAGCUGAGAUCGUGCCAUUGUACUCCAGUCUGGGUAACAACAGCGAAACUCCGACUCAAAAAAAAAAAAGCAAUGUACAUUUAUGAACAUACAAUUUGGUCCCGAGUUUACAAAAAAAGGCAAUCUAUGUGAGAUAGUGAACAUUACCACAGCUUGGCAUUUGUGAUGGCUUUUAGAGGUCUAGCCCAGGUAAAUAGGUAAUUUAUAGUAAGCUUUCUGGUAUGUUCAAAGUAGCUCAUCCCGGGGGGGAUGUGGCAUGUAUGUACUUAUGCAGCAGUCCUGCAGGAUGCAGGAUGUGCACAUGUGCUGCAGAGCCUAACGUACCAUUAAAAAAAAAAAAAGGUAGCUCAUCCCUACUCUUACCAACUUUGAGGACUCUGGAAGGUUUCAAGGUGCCAGAUUGGGAGCUAAUCAACUCUUUCAGUUUCCCCAUCAUAUAGAUGAGAUAAUGGUCAGACAGAAGGCCACAUGAUAAGUGAUGACAGACUAGAACCUGUCACCAGUUCUGAGCUUUUUCUGCUAGAGCAGGGGUAUCCAAUCUUUUGGCGUCCCAGGGCCACAUUGAAAGAAGAAUUGUCUGGGGCCACACAUAAAAUGCACUAACAUUAACAAUACCUGAUAAGCUAAAAAAGAAAUCUCAUUUUUUAAGAAAAAUUAUUUAUUUUUUGAGAUGGAGUUUUGCUCUUGUUGCCCAGGCUGGAGUGCAAUGGUGUGAUCUCGGCUCACUGCAACCUCUGCCUCCUGGGUUCAAGCAAUUCUCCUCCCUUAUCCUCCUGAGUAGCUGGGAUUACAGGCAUGUGCCACCACGUCUGGUUAAUUUUGUAUUUUUAGUAGAGACAGGGUUUCUUUAUGUUGGUCAGGCUGGUCUCGAACUCCUGACCUCAGGUAAUCUGCCUGCCUUGGCUUUCCAAAAUACUGGGAUUACAGGCAACAGCCACCGUGUCUGGUCUGUUUUUUGCUUUUGUUAUUUUUUUUUUUUUGAGAUAGGGUAUAAUAUAUAUAUUGUAUAUAUGCGUGUACGUGUAUACAUAUUCAUAUAUAUAAUAAUAUAUAUGAAUUAUAUAUAUAUAUAUAUGAGUUAUAUAUAUAUAUAUAUAUAUAUGUAUAUAUAUUUAACAUUCGGUUGUUACCAAAAUCUCAUGGUGUUUUAAGAAAGUUUAUGGCUUGGCCGGGUGUGGUGGCUCAUGCCUAUAAUCCCAGCACUUUGGGAGGCCAAGGCGGGUGGAUCACGAGGUCAAGAGAUCGAGACCAUCCUGGUCAACAAGGUGAAACAUCGUCUUUACUAAAAAUACAAAAAAUUAGCUGGGCAUGGUGGUGCACGUCUGUAGUCCCAGCUACUCAGGAAGCUGAGGCAGGAGAAUUGCUUGAACCCAGGAGGCGGAGGUUGCAGUGAGCCGAGAUCGCGCCAUUGCACUCCAGUCUGGGUAACAAGAGUGAAACUCUGUCUCAAAAAAAAAAAAAGAAAGUUUAUGGCUUGACGGGUUUUGGAAGCGGUGGUGGGGCGAUGACCACACUCCGGGCCUUGACUUGCCACGACCUGUUCUGCUUCAACAGCAUUAACUUGGAUCCCCUUACAGAAAUGUAUGGGAUUCCUUUUUACCUACAGCACCUUGCCCACUGGCCAGAGUAUUUCAUUGUUGCAGGGGCACCUGGUGGAGAAUUAAUGGGUUAUAUUAUGGGUAAAGCAGAAGGCUCAGUAGCUAGGGAAGAAUGGCAUGGGCAGGUCACAGCUCUGUCUGUUGCCCCAGAAUUUCAACGCCUUGGUUUGGCUGCUAAACUUACGGAGUUAUUAGAGGAGAUUGCAGAGAGAAAGGGUGGAGUUUUUGUCGAUGUCUUUGUAAGAGUAUCUAACCAAGUUGCAGUCAACAUGUACAAGCAAUUGGGCUACAGUGUGUACAGGACAGUCAUAGAGUACUAUUCAGCCAGCAAUGGGGAGCCUGAUGAGGACGCUUAUGAUAUGAGGAAAGCACUUUCCAGGGACACAGAAAUCCCUGGAAAUCCAUCAUACCAUUACCUCAUCCGGUGAGGCCUGAAGAUGUUGAAUAACCCUGGGCAGUGGUUCUCAGGCAGCUGCUCUAGAUGCUUCAUGGACAAUAUUAUUUUCAUUGGAUGAUUCUGGAGCUCUAUUAGGAGAAAAUUAAUCAUUUUCGGUCUUAACGAUCCAAGGAAAUACAGGUUAUCAAUUUAUUUUAAAUCUCAUUGUUUCCCGUUAGCAAUAUCAUACCUAUGAAAGCUGUUCACUGUAACAAAAUUCAGUGGAAAAUGCAGCUAGGUCAGAAGGAAACAUAACCACCGUUGUGGUUCAUAAUAGUCACUAUGUGUGUGCUAGGGAAAAGACUUGCUCCUGUCUCCUCCUAAAUGCUGUGCCUGAGAACCACUGCUGCAUGUAUUUGGUUUUAACUUUUGUAUCGAACUGUUAAUUGAAGCUUUAAAAGCAUAUAUGAAAUGUAUAAAUCUAAGAUAUAUAAUAAAACACAUUGUUGACUCUUAAAAAAAAGAAAGUUUAUGAAUUUGUGUUGGGCCACAUGUGGCCCAGAGGCUGUGGGCUGGACAAGCUUGCACGAGAGCGUGCGGCCAAGUUUCAAGAUGUCUGAGCGUUUGAGGGCUCACGGGAUGAAUACGUCUCAGAUGUACAUGGUUUUGAGGGCUUCCUACAUGUCAGCCUGGCCUGUGCUUCUCAUUCCU